AUGAAUAGAAGUGUAGAACCAAUCCUAGGGAUUCACAAAUCCGAAAAUGGUUUCUCAAAAACUUGCUACUGUUCCAGUCCCCUCUUGCUUCUCUACUAUAUAUACAUGCAUCAAAACCUUCUUAUUAUCACGCACUUCAUUUCAUUCUUGUACUCACUGUCCCUUUUAUCUCUUCAUCAACGCUUCACUUUUGGUUAUUGUACCAUGUCUCCUGCAAUGGUGAUGGCAGCUAAAACAAAGCAGAAUGACAAUCUAGAAAGCCAAUACCAGAAAGGAGUGAAGCACCUAUGUGAAAAUGGGAUAAACAAAGUUCCCAAGAAAUACAUAUUACCCGUUUCCGAUCGACCCAAUAUGAAAGAUAGAGAGCUAAUUAAUGUCAACAAGCAAAAUCUUAAGUUGCCCAUCAUUGAUUUUGCAGAAUUGCAAGGUUCCAACCGGCCUCAAGUUCUUAAGUCUCUCGCUAAUGCUUGCGAACAAUAUGGUUUUUUCCAGUUGGUAAACCAUGGAAUUCCAAGCGAUGUUAUAAGCAGUAUGAUUGACGUGAGCACAAGGUUUUUCGAGCUCCCAUUUGAGGAAAGAGCCAAGUACAUGUCCUCGGACAUGCAAUCACCAGUUAGAUACGGAACUAGCUUUAACCAAAACAAAGACGAUGUGUUUUGUUGGAGAGACUUCUUGAAGCUUAUUUGUAAUCCCAUAUCAGAUGUUGCUCCUCAUUGGCCUUCUUCUCCCGUGGACUUGAGGAGAUUGGUGGCUACCUACGCAAAAGAAACCAAAUACUUGUUCCUAAUGAUCAUGGUGUCCAUCUUAGAAAGCUUAGGACUUGUGGGAACCACGGAGAACAAGACAGAAGAAGAUGAUAUUUUAAAGGACUUUCAAGAUGGGAGCCAGCUAAUGGUUGUUAAUUGCUACCCUCCAUGCCCUGAACCCAAUCUAACCCUAGGAAUGCCACCUCACUCCGACUAUGGAUUUCUCACUCUUCUUCUCCAAGAUGAGGUUGAGGGUUUACAAAUACAACACCAAGACAAAUGGGUCACCGUCGAACCAAUCGCUAAUGCCUUUGUUGUCAACGUUGGUGAUCAUCUUGAGAUCUUUAGCAACGGGAAGUACAAGAGUGUUUUACAUAGAGUCUCGGUGAAUUCUAUGAAGUCUCGGAUAUCGGUGGCUUCUUUGCAUAGUCUUCCUUUCAAUUGCAUGGUUGGGCCAUCGCCUAAACUCGUCAACGAAGAGAAUCCAAGGGGUUACAAGGACACUGACUUUUCUAGCUUUCUUGAGUACAUUUCAUCUUGUGAGCCCAAGAGGAAGAAUUUCUUGGAGUCGAGGAAACUAUGCUGAAGGAAAGUGAAUGAUUAAUGGAUAAAAGAUGUUUAAUUAUGUUGACUUUGUAACAUCAAUUAUCUUGCGUUGAUUACUUGAUUAGAUGGAAUGUAUUUUCCUUCGUUUUUUUCUUUUUCUUUUUUCUUGAGUGGGUCACGAAUGGCUGUCAAACCCUAAGCUAAGCGGCUACACCCCCUCACCUGCUUGAAUUGUAAGACAGAUGUAGCAUUUGCAAUAUAUAUAGUGUGAUUUAGCUAAUCUAGGGAUAUAGAUUGUGUUGAAGAUGAUCUAGCUCUAUUGAUUGUACUGUUAGAUAUAUAAUAGUAUAUUUAAAGCUUUUCUA